GUGCAUAUUAGUCCGCAGCAGUUAGCAAAAGACUAUUACAAGAUAUUGGGAGUUAAUAAAGAUGCCUCUCAAGCCGAUAUCAAAAAGGCCUAUUAUCAGCUUGCCAAGAAAUAUCACCCAGACAUCAAUAAGUCAGACAAAUCUGCUGCACAGAAAUUCGCGGAAGUCAGUGAAGCCUACGAAGUACUCGGUGAUGACGAAAAGCGUAGGUCCUAUGACUCGUUUGGUGGUUCCUCACCUGGGGGAUUUUCUGCUGCGUCGAAUGGCUUUGACAAUUUCCACUCAACCAUAGAUCCUGAAGAACUUUUUCGCAGAAUUUUUAGAGAUAAAUGGAGUACUGGUGACAGAAAUUUUGCAGAGUCAACUUUUGGAUUCAAUACUACCAGAGAAGUUGUUGUCAAUCUCUCGUUUGAAGAUGCUGCAAAAGGUGUCACAAAAGAUAUUGCCAUCAACGUCGUGGUUCCUUGUUCUACUUGUGAGGGAUCACGUUGCCAACCCGGUACUGGAAUGGUCACCUGUCCCAAUUGCCAUGGCUCUGGUCAGGAAACUGUUAGUACGGGUCCAUUCGUACUACGUUCGACUUGCCGCCGGUGCUCUGGCUCUGGUAAUGUGGUUCGAUAUCCCUGUCGAGCAUGUAAUGGGACGGGCCAAGCAAUUGGUAGAGAACAAGUCAAAGUCGCUAUUCCUCCAGGAGUUGAGGAUGGCCAGGUUUUGCGCGUUUCUGUGCCAUCACAGGAGUUGUUUGUCACCGUCCGUGUUGAGGCCAGCCAACACUUCAGGCGUGACGGCGCAGACGUUCAUUCAAAUGUUACGAUAUCACUUGCUCAGGCAGCACUUGGAGGAAAGAUUCGUAUACCAGGCAUUUAUGAACAAGUGGUAAUCCCUGCUGGAUCAUCAAGUCAUGAUAGGAUUCGCCUUCCUGGAAAGGGCAUCAGCCGUGUAAAUGGACGCGGCUAUGGGGACCAUUAUGUACAUCUUCGUGUUAGUACACCCAAACGUCUUACGGAGCUCCAACGGGCGCUGUUACUGGCUUUUGCGGAAACUGAAACAGAUGUAAAAGGGUCCGUGGAUGGCGUUGCAUCAACGGAAUCAGGUGCGCUAAUUGUUCAUAUACUACUGUCAUUGGAGAGUGACAGAAGGCUUAUCAGUGACGGCUUAAUUUUCCUGACUUACGUCAACGCUCUACCUCAGACAUAA